AUGGUCAGAGUGCAACAGUCUGUGAUACGUGAGGCCUUACAGCUACCACGGGCAGGACAAACCUUGAAGGAGGGAGAGGACUUCGACUUAGUGGAAUAUGAGAUCUCAGCCAUGAACAAGGCUCAGCUUCAAGAUCUACUCGAGUCUUAUGGCCUCACGAAGAGCGGGAACAAAGGAGACCUGCAAGAACGGCUGAGAGCGUUCGCUAAGGAACCGCAAGAGUUCUGGAAAGCACAUCUCCUACAGCCCCGCGCGGCACGCUCGCGAGGACAAAGGACAGGAUCCUCCGCUAACUCCGGCUCCGCGCUGCGCAUCGCGUCGACAUUCGGUGCAGGGAGCAGCGAGAUCACGUACCGCAGUCGUAGAGGGGUGGAUCGUCCACAGCGUCAGCUGAAGGAUGAUGAGAUCAUGAGCUAUGAUGACUUUGCAAGACAUGCUCUCGCGCUCCAUCGGUCAUCAGCGGAUCAUGCUUCUGUGCAACCUGGCGACAGCACAGUGGACGGCCUGGACAGCAUGGCUUCCUCAGCCGGGACAUCAAUAUCACAUAGCUCGGAUGACAACGUACCUAUGCGGCGCGUCGAGCGCCAGCUCUCUCGUGCUGUGCAGAAGCUCGACGCGCUCGAGUACCGAUUGAGUGAACCGGCCGCAUUCGGCUGGAUGUCUCAACCAUCCCAACCAUUCACGAGCAGUAGCUCGAGCGCGAUGAAUCGCCAGGCGCAGGCCGCGCAGCCAAUCCCAGAAUCUCAGGCUGCCACUGUGAGUGCCACUACAAGCGCGAUUCAUGUCCCGCCAACUGCAAUGCACGCGCCGAGUGCAGUGAUGGCGGGAACGAACGCCAUAUGGUCUCGAACAUUAGCCGUUCCUCGAGAGGCAAUUCCACCAGAGAACCUGGUAGUAUUGGUACUCAGGGAAGGUGAUGAGGUAUGGUUCGAUAAGACCACUGUCCCUGACCCACCAGGGAGGAUCUUCUCGAACGACAUCUCAAGACUCUUUCAAGAAUGGAACAGCUCGUACCUGUCAAACGCGCUCGUCCUUAACGGGCGCGGUAUUCCCGUCAGACUUUGGCCAGAGGUCUACAAGAGCCGGAAGGGGAUUAAGACGGGUGCAUGGGAUACCAUUAAGACAGUAUGGGGUAAUUGGAAGGUGCGCAUCGGAGUUGUGAAUGAGAUCCGCAUCGAAACUCACCAUGUGAAGCAGUUCAUUGUUGAGGAGAGGCAGCGCUUCACAACCGACGAUGAGUUCUGGGCUGUAUAUAGGCGUCCCGACGGCACCAGAUUAUACUACCAACAGAUCUUAGAUCAGUUGCAGCAGAAUCGGAUGGAGCGGGACCAUAUCGAUGCAGAAGCAGCAAGAGCUUACUUCGGCGGGGAUCUUGACCACCCGGCUGCAGAGGGAGCAUUUCGCUAUGUCAAGAGCGGCCACUCUCGCCUCUACACGAAGGAUGGCAAAGUCGCGGAGAAAUGGCGGGAAUGGCUAGAGCAAAGAUGGGCUCAUGCAGAAAAUUGGCAGUUCACGCAAGGGGGGUAA